AUGCCGUCGCAAGAAGCCAAGCUGCUCAGUGACUUCCUCCUCGCACCCGCACCGCUGCGCGACUUCAUGACACUGCGCCAGUUCACCGACAUCUUCCCCCGUAGCCACCGCGAGAACCCGGCCGUGCAGGAUCUGUACCGCGAGCUGCACCGGCUGCGUAAAGCCGAGAUUGAGGCUGUGCGCAAUGACAUAACAAAGGAGGUGAAGCGGUCGAAGCAACUGAGGCACGCGUACGCGAGAGAGAGACGUGAGGUGGACGAUGCACAUGUCGCAGGCACUGAUCCUGUGGCUCUGCAGAUGGAAGAAGAGCUCUCCGGUCAUGGUCGCAAAACACCGCACACGCUACAGACAGUCCACUCCAGUAUCGAAGACGCAUGCCAGAGCCUCGAGACACAGAUCACCGAGAUGGAGGAAGAGAGCCAAAGAGCCCUUGCUGAGGUCCAAGAAGCUGUCGGUGCCUUGAGCGACCUGCGACAUGGGCGAUUCGCACAGCCGGCCAGUGGCGAAGACCUUGGGGAAGAGGUGUUGGCCGCUCUCAAGAGGCUUGAUACCGUGUGCGCGGACCCAGCUGGCUGA